UUACCAUCCGCCACAGAAGCGGAAAUAAAGCAACGUACACAUCGCUGGCGGUGAUCACACGUGGGUUCACAAGUUUGUAAGAGUAAUGUGGUGAAGUCAUUUUAAUUAGAAAUCAUGUCGAAGAGGCAGACAGCUAUGUCCGAAGAAAAGCCCGGUUCUGAAGUGGGGCACGGGGAGAAGGAGGAGGUCCAGGUUCCGCCGCCGGAGACUAGACGAACCCGUAGCGGCCGCAAAGUGCGCACUCCUGCAGCACUGCUAGACUCUGAAGCCCCGGUGAGGACUCCCAGCCGGAGGACUAGGAGGUCUGUCCUCCAGGAGCUGCCGGCGGUGGAAGCGAAAAACACGGAGGAGGUAACGCGGAGACCCGAAAGUCUGCCCGAGGAGAAGGUCAGUAUGUCCGCUGAACCGGAGCCCUGUACCGUUUCAGAGACUGCUGCAGACACAGACGGAUCCGACCUUAACGGGAGUGGUGACAUUCACCUGUCCGGGCCUGCACCAGUAGAAAGGGGACCCACGAGUACAGAGACCGCCCCAAAGAAGAAGCCUCGUUUGGUUUCGAGUGGAAAACAAAACCCGGUCAUACCGCUGGGAAAACCUAAAUCUGGGAGAGUGUGGAAGGACCGCAACAAGCAGAGGUUCUCAGCAGUGGUGAGAGAUAAACAGUUGUGCACUUCUUGGGAAAAGAAGAUGGAGGCCAAGCGAGAGAAGGACCUGGUGAAACAGUUUACUUUGCAGCUUAAAGAGGAGAAAGCCAAACAGAAAGAGGAAAAGAGGAAAAGGAGAGAAGACAACUUGAAACGCCGCGCAGAGAACGAACGCAAAUCAGAGAUUGUGCAAGUGAUCAGGAACACAGCAAAGAUCAAGAGGAUGAAGAAAAAACAACUCAGGAAAAUUGAGAAGAGAGACACGCUGGCUCUGCUGCAGAAGUCACAGAAGCAGAAUGUAAAGGCCAAAGGGCAAAAAAGUAAUAAGGUUGACCCAGAUUUGACCUAAGACUCAAAUAAUAAAAAGGCAUCAGUUCACUGCUUUGCUUACAUGUCUUAUGUUUGAGUGUCUGAAAUAUUACAUGUACUUUGGGAGGACUUACAUGUGAACCCAAUAAAAGCUUUUGAAAUAGA